AUGUUUCGGUACACGAGCCGCCGGAUGGGCAUCUUCUCCACGAGUCGACUGCCCUUGCGACUAGAAGCUAAAAGGCAGCAAGCGCAGGUGGUAAACAUACAAAAAGUCCGGUUUAUAAAGCCAAGACUUCGUGUUCGGGCGACAUCGUUUUUCAUAUAUGCUAUCACGAUAUAUGCAUGUAUCAAUGUUUUUGACAAGCUGGUUCUCGACCCUUUGGAUCGUGCAGCAGAGGAGGCGUUAAAAAAUACUCCGGCUGCCGAGUUGGCCGAGGAUACGGACAAGCCGCUCUUCAUACCAUUUCCUGGGACUACGAAAGUUGUGAAGGCUCUGCCAUAUCAGGGGUCUGAUCCAGAAUGGCAAACAUUUAUCAAAAUCAAUAGAGAUCGCCCCCUACAAGCCAGGUUGCGAGCUGAGCUUGCUGAUUUGAUCAGACAACUUGGUGAGAGUCACCCGCUGAUAGCCCUGAAGUGUGGGAAAGGAUUGAAGCCGAACAGAUCCUGGAUCAAUAUUGACUACCCAAAUUAUCCCCCUCCAGGAUAUGAGAGAUCUGGGAUCGAGAUAUCAGAUGAAGCCGUCUCUUGGGUGACCGCUCCUGUUGAUAGCCACACAGUCUUCAGGUUACAGAAAAUUUUAUGGCCACAGGCUCUCAUGAGAUCAUGCUGGGACUUUGCUAAAGUCCUUGUUGCGGACGACACGAAAUGGUUCGCGGGGAUACUCGGAAUUCAGAGUAAUAACUCGCCAGUUCCUUCACUUGGCGAAUUAGUCACUCGAAAUGAACAUCCGCUUAAGCACCCAGCUCUCAACAAAACCGGACCGCCGCUAACCACUGAGCCUGCUAAGUCGACCGUCGAUGGCAAAAUAGCGGAGGAUGAGUACUUCGCAUCCGCCGAACAGACUAAGUUAGCUGCUCUCCGCCAGCACUUUUUGAAACCAAUUGCGGCAUUCAAAACGAAAUUCAAGCAAACUUGGUCACCAGCUCGUAAUUACCCACCGCGAGGGUGCAUAAUAUUGAAGGGGUUGGUGGAGUUAGAAGGGCCAAAAGCAUAUGUGCUCUUUGAUGUAAGCGCAGCAUGGGACCCCAAAACGAAAACGUUCCAUAAAGACAGCUAUGAUAUAAAAGUGAAAAGGUUGUCCGCUAAAAAGCAAGGGCCACUUUCUCGAUGA